UAUUUCGCUUAAUUGUUAACCGUAGCAAAAGUUGCAAUUGCUGCAAGUAAAUAUUAAGGAAAACACAAGCAUAGUACGCUGUGCAUAGGAAGUCCCCAACACUAAAAAUCAAGCCACAAAUUCAAAAUGCCAUCGCUGGAGGUUAGCGUAAACAAAGUUAUUGUCCACCCGCUGGUUCUGUUGUCGGUCGUGGAUCACUUCAAUCGCAUGGGUAAAAUUGGAAACCAGAAGCGCGUCGUAGGCGUGCUCCUUGGUUGCUGGCGUUCCAAGGGUGUACUAGAUGUCUCUAACAGCUUUGCGGUUCCAUUUGAUGAAGAUGACAAGGACAAGUCAGUGUGGUUUUUGGAUCACGAUUAUUUGGAGAACAUGUAUGGCAUGUUCAAGAAGGUGAACGCACGCGAGCGCGUUGUGGGCUGGUAUCAUACUGGACCAAAGCUGCACCAGAAUGAUAUAGCAAUUAACGAGCUGAUUCGCCGCUACUGUCCAAACUCUGUACUGGUCAUCAUAGACGCCAAGCCAAAAGAUCUGGGUCUUCCGACAGAAGCGUAUAUAUCCGUUGAAGAGGUGCAUGACGAUGGAUCGCCCACUACCAAAACCUUCGAGCAUGUGCCAAGCGAGAUUGGUGCCGAGGAGGCUGAAGAAGUGGGCGUUGAGCAUUUGCUGCGUGAUAUUAAGGACACCACCGUUGGCAGCCUGUCCCAAAAAAUCACCAACCAGCUAAUGGGUCUCAAAGGCCUAAAUGCGCAAUUGCGUGACAUAAAACAGUAUCUACAGCGCGUCGGAGAAGGCAAGAUGCCCAUCAACCAUCAGAUUGUCUACCAGCUGCAGGACAUAUUUAACCUUCUGCCGGAUAUAACCAACGAUCAGUUCACGGGAACCAUGUACGUAAAGACCAACGAUCAGAUGCUGGUAGUCUAUUUGGCGUCCAUGGUCCGUUCGAUAAUCGCUCUGCACAAUUUGAUUAAUAACAAGCUGGCUAAUCGCGAUGCUGAGGAGGGAAAGAAGUCAAUUGAGAGUGAUGGCAAGGACAAGAAUAAGGAUAGCAAGGAUAAAGAGAAUAAGGACACUAAGGAUAAGGAUGCCAGUAAGAAGGCCGAUGAAAAGUCCGAUAAGAGCAAGGACGAGGGCGGUAAGAGUAGCAAGAAAUAGGAGCGAAAGAAAAAACGCAAAUCACGU